CUCAUUUUUCAGUGCACGUCCAGUGGCCGUCGCUCCUCUGUAAGAAUGGAUUUAUCUCCAAGAAAACGAAUACGCUUUUACCAUCUAUUUGAGCUGUAAAACCUUUUAAAAUUAACACAUGGCAUAGAAUAUCGUGUUUGUCCGUGGACUGCUCCGGUUGGGAUGAUAAUAGGGGUUUCUUUUCGAAGCCGCGGUGCGUUCAAUGACCAUCAUAUUGCUUUAAAAUGAAGAUGGGCUGUAUGAAAUGAUGGGGAGGGUCGUGAGGAUGUACGCACGAUCGACUUAACAUGCACUCUACCAAGGUGGCAGACAUGGCAGAGGCAGAAGAUCCUGUGAUCAUCAACCUUUGUAGAAGAAGAAUGUUGACUUUGAAGACAUUGGGAGUUUUAUAAAACCCGGAUUAUAAAAUGAACGCCACUGUUACCCCACCGGACCUGCUGGAUGUGCCGCGACAGCAGAACUUCAGCAGCAACCUGGGCGCGCAGAGUCCAUCGGGCUGGGCCGUGAUCCACACCGCCACCUUGACCUUCUGCUCUCUCCUCCUCGUCUUCAUCUUCCUCCUGGGCUCUUACGGCAACCUCGUGGUGUUCCUGUCCUUCUUCGACCCCAUGUUCCGCAAAUUCCGCACCAACUUCGACUUCAUGAUCCUCAACCUGUCCUUCUGCGACUUGUUUAUCUGCUGUGUGACCGCUCCCAUGUUUGCCCUGGUGCUCUUCCUGGACGCGGGCGGAGGGGACGGUGUGUCCAAGAGUUUCUGCUUUGCGUUCCACUUGACCAGCUCGGGCUUCAUCAUCAUGUCGCUGGAGACGGUGGCGGUCAUCGCUCUGCACAGGCUGCGCAUGGUUUUGGGGCAGCAGCCCAACCGCACCGCCUCUUUCCCUUGCACCUUAACCCUCACCGCCCUGCUGUGGACUUCCAGCUUCACCCUGGCCGCCCUGCUAACCAUGCGAGCGUACCCCCGCAGAGACGGACCGUGCUUGCCCCACUUUGGUUUUGGAGGGGGAAAGGCCAGGGUCGUGUUGUACGUCUACCUGGCAGACUUUGCUUUUUGUGUCGCCGUGGUGUCUGUAUCCUAUCUUAUGAUUGCGCAGACGCUAAGGAAGAACGCACAAGUGAGAAAAUGUCCAGUAAUCAGCGUAGAUGCCACUUGCCCGCCACCUCCACCACCUCUCCUCGCAGCGGGCUUUGAGAACAUGCAGUGUGCUGUUCCUGCCCCGCCUCUGUACCGCAACCAGACUUACAACAAACUGCAGAACGUUCAGAUACACUCGUAUGCCAACAAAACCAGCCAGCCUCUUGUUCCCGGAGCUGCACAAGGAGCCACUUGCUGCCAGCUCGUCUCCACGGUCAACCUGGCCACCGCCAAAGACUCCAAGGCGGUCGUCACGUGCGUGGUGAUCGUGUUCUCGGUGCUGCUGUGCUGCUUGCCGAUGGGAGUCUCUCUGGCGCAGGACGUUUUGUCGCCGGAAAGCAGCUUUGCGCAUUACCAGAUUGAACUGUGCGGCUUUGUGCUGAUUUUCCUCAAGUCGGGAAUCAAUCCCUUUGUGUACUCGCGCAACAGUGCGGGCCUCCGCCGCCGCGUGCUGUGCUGCGUGCAGUGGGCCGCUCUGGGCUUCCUCUGCUGCAAAAACAAGACUCGCCUGCAUGCGAUGGGGAAGGGCAGCUUGGAAGUCAACCGCAAUAAAUCCUCCCACCACGAGACCAACUCGGCCUAUGUGCUGUCGCCUAAGCCACAGAGGAGGCUGGUGGACCAGGCGUGCGGACCCAGUCACUCCAGGGAUUGUGUGGGGAGUCCAAAGGCCACAGGUGCUCGCAAGCCCCGCCCUCCGAGCACCUCUACGCCUAUCAACACGCGCAUCGAGCCCUACUACAGUAUAUACAACAGCAGCCCCUCUGCAGGGCCCAGCUCGCCCACCAGCCUGCAGCCCGUGAGCUCUCAGACGUUCGCGUUUGCCAAGUCGUACGUAGCGAUGCACUACCACACUCAUCAAGACGCACUGCAAGACUUUGAGAGCAGCUCAGUGCACCAGAUUCCUAUUCCCUCGGUCUGAUUAAAGAACUGCUAAAUCAGAAAGGUUUGGACCAUAAGUCAAAAGAGGAACAUGACAACAACCCAUUUGAUGUAUUUGGAAAUCUGUAUUAACCCUUUGUUCUCUUCGGCAGUGGAAAUACUUGUCACGUUUUCUUGAGUGGGGAAAUUUCAGUAUCAGAAUUACAAGCCUUGCCAUGGAAACCAAGCAAUAGAUUUGUCAUGAAAGUGUCUCAAAAAAUGUUAUUUGCUGUUAAUGAAUAGACCGUAUUCCCAAAGUGUCCAUGUUCUUCUUAUAUCACAGUCAGGGCUGGAAGUUCAAAUGCUGUAUUAAUGUCAUACUGCUGCACUGAGGUAGUGUAGGCUACGUGACAAAUCAAAUCAUUUGAAAUCUUCUACAGUAUAUUGAUCGACAAAUGAGAAGACGGUGGGACAACAGGCCAUAUUUUGAAUUAAAUCAACAUAUUUGAUCCCCUAUGAACUAUCAUGGACAUAGACCAUAAGAUUUAAAUAAAGAAUAUUUGAUAACCUGCCAUAGACACAUUGGGAUGUUAAUAUUUAACAACUUUUAAACCAACAAUGUGUUAGCUAUGAUUUACUACCUUACCUUUCAUGUUAGCAUUUCCUAUCAUUUCAGCUAUUAAUUAGCCUAAUGCUAAUGUUAGCACUGUCAGAUAGGAGCUAAUAGGUAGAAAAUGGAAAAUUGUCAAGACAUUGAGCCUUAUUUUUGGUGACUUACAGACAGCAGAGAGUGGUAACUCCCUAACUAGCUUUGAAUAACUUCCAUUCCUAUAAUAUCAAACUCCUCCUUUGCUAGCAGUAAUUUACGCCAUGCUGAAUGCUAUAAUGCACCCUGUCAUUGUGUAGCUAACUAAUGGAUGCAAAAUGGAAAACUAAAUUGGGCCAUAUGUAUGUAAUAAAUAAAGACAACAGGGAGUGUUGACAUUUAACAAGUCCCUAACCAAUAGCCUAUUAUGUUACCUUUCCUUUAGUAUAAAAUUGUAAUAUUGCUUUCUGCCAUUUCCUCUUACGUUAACAUCCACUACAAAUUGGCUAAAUGCUAAGUUAGCACUGCCAUAUGGUAUGUUUUAUUAUUUAUUCAGCCUUUAUUUAACCGUGUCAGUCCCAUUUUUCAAAGGAAACCUGCCAAUUAUAGCAGCAACACAGAGUUUCAACAUCAAAAACACUCAAACUCAUACAGUAGGCCUACACAAGAAAUUAAUCAGCUAAAACAGUUUCAUACAGAAAGUUUGGAUUCAAGACUCGACACUAAGGAAAUAAGGCAUUUUAAAACUAAUUGUACGACAACUUCUAAUAAUAUUUGAUGACCUACCAUAGACAAUAGUGAAUGUAGUCACUUAACUAUCAUUAACUUUGAAUAACUGGCUUUUAAUUUAUAACAAGCUGUAAUAUUAGCAUUCUGUCAUUUUAUAUCCGUUAGAAAUUAGCGGGAUGUUAACAUUAGCUCUGUCUCUUGGUAGCAAAUGGGUUAAAAAUACAUUCAUACCUUUUGUUUUUAAAGAUAUUGGCCUGAUGUUACUUAGGAUUUCUCACUGAACCGAUUAAAGACGCUGAGAAUGCCGGAGAGAUGAACAACAACAUGUCUGACUCAGAACUUAGAGAAGAGUAGUAAAAGAUUGUCACCCUGACUGUGACAUUGGAGGAAAAUGGCUGACCUGUGAACAUGGUUGAUUGAUUUAUUGACUUGUUGUUUUACUGAAUGCAUUUUGCAUUAAUCUGCCCCAGUGUUGCACACGCAUGUGCCAAUAUAACCCAAGACUUCAUGACAGCCGGAGUCUGCAGUGGUUGGUCUCGCUGCUGUCUCCGCUCCGUUUGGAGUUUUUUCAGCGCUGACAUCAGCUGCGGCAGCGUUGGGGCUGUGAUGAAUGUCUGCACAGGCUCACACAUGGCUGUCGAUGGCAUGUGGUUGCACUUUUGAUGGACUUUUGCUUCUUCAGACAAAUGUAUUUGUGAACCUCAUAAAGUUUUCAACACAAUAAAUGUUCGGCAAGUGCAGACGUUCAGUGCUUUCACUUAUUUCCGCUGAAACAAAUCGCUCACUUUGU